CAACAACACCAACAACACCAACAACACCAACAUCAACAACACCAACACCAACAACACCAACAACAUGCCGCCACCACCCCUGCCUCUGCCGUUACCGCCGCACACUAAUGAAUUACCCGCAAAUCUAUACAGAAGCAGUAUGCCGCCGCUAUCACAGCAGCCAUUAAGCGUCGGCACCUUGCCCAGGGUUAGUAACUCGCGGGCAACAAGUUUGGACAGAGCACAUAUGGCCUACAAGCGUACUAGCUACGCUAUCAGCCAGCAGCUUUACGCGCACAGAUCGGCGGCCAUAAAUUCUAUAGUGUCGGCGCCUGCAUCAGAGGUUCACUCGGCAGAAGUACUUGCAUCGGAGGCCCAAGUAGGCUUGGGAGGUGCUCGCAGCGAGGACUUUGGAUCAGGUUUAAUGCCAGCCAUAUUGCAGGUCACAAACUACAGCAAUGCUAAUAUUGAUGCCGGCAAUAUUGGCAAAACUCAGCAGCAGAGGCAGGCCGAAAUUCAGCCAAAACCAACCUGCGACCAAAACGGAUGCCGGGUGCACCGCCUCCUGUUCUUCUACCACUGGAUCCGACUAUUCUACCUGUUCUUCCUCGGCUCCUUUGUUUCGCGCUCAACCAUGCGGCUCCGCAACCUGCAGCCCAUACAGCCGCAAGGGCAGCGCCGCACAGAUAUGAUUUAUUGCGUGUCCACGCUGGCCGCCUCACUCGUGCUCAGCCUUCUGCCAGCAAUAAUGUCCCGAUCGCAGUAUGAUGACGAGGUCAUGUUAUGCUGGCUCGUCCGCAGCGACCCAAUUGCUGUCCGCUGGCUGUGGAUGACGUUCAACACGUGGGUGGUUCUGUCACUCAUGUUCCUGAUUGCAAACUCCAUACACGUCGGUGUUAUACUAACAAAUGAGCGCAAAGACCUACUGAGCUUCAUCACCCACCCAAUGCUGCCAAUGGCUUCAGGCGACCAUCGCAUUAGAGCCAAAGAGCUCGCCCUGCAAUCGCUAUUUAUCUCGCACGCAUCGGGAGCCAGCACCAUGGGGCGCUCUCAGCAGAUGUUCGGCGCCGGCACACCGAUGCAGUACUACUACGCAGGAAACCACCACAUGGUAGUCGCCUCGGGCAUGCGGUCCAAACAUGAGCAUGCGGCUUCCAGCGACAAACCACCGAGCAAUUUGGCAGCUGGCUUUGGCAUCAAGGCCACGCCACUAGCCAGCAUAGAUUUAGCAGCGGGCGGCGGUAUGGCUGCAAGGGGAGCUGACGCGGGCAAGCGGUACUCGAGUCCGCUGGCAUAUCCGCCCACCCACCCAGUUGCACUUGCGCACGAGGCCCUGCACGGACGACGACCCGCAGCAUCUCCAAGCACGCAGAGCUUUGCCGCGCCGUGCAGCUGCCACAGCAACGCGCAGACCACAGGGGCGUGCGAUGUGUGCAGGCGCGCUCUCUGCACACGCAAUAGCGAGGCGCUGCAGUGCUCCAUGUCCCAGUACGCAAUGGGCCGGACGCGCCAGUGGGCUCAUGGCAGCAGCGGUAGCAGUAGCCGGCUCAGCAAUGGCAGCAGCAUCGGAAUACACAGAGGGCCAACACUGAGCGCGUCAAGACCAAGCAGCAUGUUUCUGGCCGAAAAGCAGGCGCGUGCAUCAAGCCAUUUGUACAUGGGCUCAGGCCUACUGGCAGCCAACGACUCAAAGUCAUCCCGCGUGUACUCGCUACAGCCGUGGGACAGCAGCCAGCGCCUAAUCCACAAGCACUCAUUCAACUCAUCUAUUGCUGCGCCAACGGAAUCCGUUGGGGCCUCGGCUGACCGCCGGCCACUGUAUGGCUUUUAUGCCCAGCGCCCGGUGGCGGGUCACAGCAACUUAAGCAAGGAGGCCAGGCUUCAUUGCGCGCCAAAACACAUGUCCAUGCCCAUGGCCAUCAGCAGCACCAGCCGUCUGAGCAGCGAGGGCGCAGUGGCGCUGCGGCCGAGCAUUGCCGCUGCCGCUGCCGCUGCCAUACGCCGGCAACAUGCGCGCCAGAACUCGGUGCCCCGAAACUACAAUUCUGAGCAAAGUAUCCGUCAGCAGCCUAAUAACACGCAACCACAACCAACCCCGCGACGCAAGGCGCCCAGAAGGCACUAUUGCUCUAUGGAUCCCGGAGCCGAUGACAACGACUCUAUGGCCAGCCCGUCCAUUUAUGCCCAGUAUCCCGGCGAGUACCGCUGGCGCACAUCGUCGCCGUUGUCAUCAGCAGAGUAUCCCAUGCCAGGAGCUCCCGACCCUGCCGCCCAUACAGAUGCCAUCACGGCGCCAGCAACAUUGGCGGCUCGCACGGCUUCACCCCGGGCACAGAUCGCCGCAGCCCAGGCAGCCCCUGAAGCCGACAGCCAGCGCGUGGCUUGCCGUCGCCUUCUGAGCACCUCAUUCCCGCUCUUCUGCCGCCAGCACAAACCGCACGGCCAAAUGCAGCGCAUCGAGCGCCGCGUCCACACAUUGGUCGCCACUGGAGCCCUGCGAGUGGCUAUGCGAGCAAUGGUUCCCUUGCUCACCCAGUUGUGCAUGGUAAUCUGGUCCACCAUGCACUCCUUGAUCCCCGUCAGCAGCAACAAGGACAGCGUGCUCUACGCUGUGGCCAUCCUGCUGCUCUCGCUGCAAGGGCUCUUGGACAUGGCACUUUACUUUAUUUUUGAUACGCACUCGCACACGUCUGAGGUCAGUCUACCCAGCUACAAUUACCCAGUGUUUUCGCCCAGCCAUCCAGCUCACACAAUGUCCAACAGCAAAAAUGGCAGGUCGCCCGACGCAAACUGUACGCGGGCACACCGUCCUUCAUUGCAGAACCUCCCUGGCGACGUGUAUUACGGCUCAUCCAUGUCUCGCGACUCGCACGACGCUCACCUCAAGCAUCACCUCUACUAUUGCCAGCAACAGCAACAACAGCAACAGAAUCGCCAGAUGCAGUGUUCGUCGGCCGACAAGGUUUGCCAGCAACCUCUUUCUCCGCGUCACUGGGACCCUCGGCAUGUGCACAACUUUUACCGCCGCUCAAACUCAAUCACCUCUCUAGCUAGUAGUGGAGCCAGCGGGGAUAUAAGUGGUGACAACGUUGGCGGCAAGACCGUGCAGGCAGCAAUCAAUGCGACAACCAAUGCUGCCGACCGCAAGUUCACAUUCAACAUUGACAGCCUCAAUAUCCGCCGCGUGGACCGUACGUCCAAUGCCAUGCAGUCGGAUACAUUGCACGGCAGCGACUCCAUGGCUUGGUCUCAUAUCGACGGGCUUUCCAUGCGCGAUGCUAAAAGCAGCAUCUCUAUAUUGUCCGCUACUGCACCGGCACAUAACCAGCACCACCGUCCGACACUCAAUGACUGGGAAGAGAUCGAGCUGGAGGACAUCGCUCACUCGGGAGAUUACCCUCCACGCGCAGGAAACCAGAGCGACUCCAAUAUUGGCCGGCGGAUAUGUAAAUAGACAUUUACAUUGCAAUAAACAAAACAUAACGAAAC